AUGUAUUUAAUUCAUCGCAUUAUAGCGGGACGAAAAAGGGCAUUACCACCCACUGACGAUGGUAAAAUACUCUUCAUGUCUGCAACAGAAUUAGCUGAAAAAAUUCGCAAUAGAGAACUGAGAUGUGAAGACGUGAUACGAUCUUAUUAUAAGAGAGCUCAAGAAGUGCAGCCCAUCAUCAAUGCAAUCACCGAUGCCAGAUACGAAAGUGCACUCAAAGAAGCGAAGCAGAUCGAUACAUUCUUAGAAAAAGACUCGAAAUCUCCAGAAGAAAUUAAAAAACGGGCCCCUCUUUUAGGUGUUCCUUUCACUUGCAAGGAAGUAUUAGGAAUAGAAGUAUCACUUGGAAACAAUAAUCUUACAAAUGGUAUUACAAUGGAUAAUGUGAUGAUCAUCCAUGUCAAACUGACCCUGGAGUUAGAACACAUGCCAGAAGUAAUAGAUCUUCUAGCCAUAGAAAUAUGCUUGCACCAAACAUCUGGAAUUUAUGCAAAGAAAAAUAACAUAGCUCAUAGAGAUGGUGAUGCCCCUGCUCUAUAUAGAGCUGCUGGAGCGAUUCCCGUAACCGUAACUAAUGUUCCAGAAUUGUGCUGCACGUGGAUUACAUCAAAUACAAUCUAUGGAGAAACCAAAAACCCAUACGAUACCACUAGAAUAUCAGGUGGUAGUUCAGGUGGUGAAGCAGCACUCAUUGCCUCUUGCGGAGCAGUUAUUGGUAUCGGAACUGAUUUGGGAGGGAGCAUUCGCAUUCCAUCCUCUCUCUGUGGAAUUUAUGGACAUAAGCCAUCAUCUGGUGUUGUGUCAAAUCGGGGCUAUUAUCCUUACAUCGAAAUUGAAGAAAUGCCAUUUGAUUACAUGAACUGUACCGGUCCAAUGUGCCGAUAUGUUGAAGACUUACUUCUCCUUAUGAAAAUAUUGUGCAAAAAUGAUCCUAGGUUGGAUCUUGAUAGAAAGGUGGAUUUCAGGAGAGUAAAAAUAUAUUACAUGGAAGAAACACCUAAUAACCCUGUCUCACCUGUUAUCAAGCAAGCGAUUAGAAAAGCAGCAACACAUUUCGAAGAGCGAUAUGGAGUAAAAGCAAUCCCUUUGCAGUUGCCAGAAUUCGAAUACUGCGUUGAUAUAUUUAGAAACAAAAUAUUGGAAUUUGAAUGUUCCUUUAAGAUUUUUUUGCAAGAUGAAAACGGCAAAGUCCGCUUGUGGUUAGAAGUAUUGAAAUAUGUGCUUGGGAUAUCAAAGCACACUGCUGCUUUUCUUUCUGCCUCAAUAAUGGAAAAAACUGAAAAAGAUCAAUAUUACUAUGAAAUUUUGGAACGGUGUGACUCGCUGAAAAGGAAACUUCAAAAACUAUUGCAGGAAGACGCCAUUUUUUUGCUUCCCUCAGUGACAGACAUAGCAACAUUUUGUAACAUGUCACUGACAAAAAUCAUGAAUUAUAUUUAUACUACGGUUAUAAAUUCUCUUUAUUUACCUGCUACAAGUGUACCCGCGGGUCUGCAUAACGGUCUGCCAAUAGCUUUUCAAGUGAUCAGUGGACAAUUCAAUGAUCGACUCACAAUCGCUGCUGCCGUGGAAUUGAACACCGUUUUCGGAGGGUGGAAAAAUCCAUGUUCUACAACUGCGAGAAAAGUGUGGGGCGAAUAA